AUGCCAGUCAUGCCAGUUCAAAGUUCCAAUCAAAAUUUUAAUACCGAUCGUUUUGAGGAAAAUCUGGUUUACCUAGAUGACUACGAAUCUUUACCUGCUGAGAUGCAACUUAAUAAAGCAACAACUGGAUACGAGGUUGAACAACUUAAAAACUUGGGGAUUUAUUAUCUUCAACUUCGAAAUAUGCCGAAGAGAAAGUUUCCCUUGCCACUUCAACUCAUGACACGGUGGACCGUCACAUUUGAAGGUUAG